CGGUGAAGGGGUGCUCCUCCCACCGCCCGCCUGAGGGGGAGUCACCCGCUCUCCGAGAAAGCGCGACGGAGCCGGGAGAGCCAGCGUCCGCCCAGCAGAGACGCCUCGGCGGCUUGUCCACCCCGAGUGCUCGCGGGGCAGGGCCUGGCCCCAUGGCGAGGAGGAGGAGCAGGAGCAGCCGCCGCUGGGAUUGGGGGCCGCCGGCGCCGCCCGCCUGGCCGGAGGGAGGAGGCGGCAGGAGGAGGGGCGGCAGUGUGGGCCGCAGCGAGUGAGCUGGGUUCGGUGCGGCUGCCCCUGAAGAUGGCGGCGGCGGAGGCGGCUGCUGCUGCUGCUCCGGGCGGCGGGGGCAGCUCGCCGGCGGGCGGCGGCUCCGUGCCCGUCCUCUUCUGUUUCUCCGUCUUCGCGCGGCCCUCCAGUGUGCCCCACGGCGCUGGCUACGAGCUUCUGAUCCAGAAGUUCCUCAGCCUCUACGGGGACCAGAUAGACAUGCACCGCAAGUUCGUGGUGCAGCUGUUCGCCGAGGAGUGGAGCCAGUACGUCGACCUCCCCAAGGGCUUUCUCGUCAGCGAGCGCUGCAAAGUGCGCCUGGUGCCGCUGCAGAUACAGAUGACUACUUUGGGCAAUCUCACACCCUCAAGCACUGUGUUUUUUUGUUGUGAUAUGCAAGAGCGAUUCCGUCCUGCCAUCAAGUACUUUGGUGAUAUCAUCAGUGUGGGCCAAAGACUGCUCCAAGGUGCACGGCUCUUAGGAAUUCCAGUCAUUGUAACUGAGCAGUAUCCCAAAGGUCUUGGGAGCACCGUGCAAGAAAUUGAUUUAACAGGAGCUAAACUUGUGCUUCCUAAAACAAAAUUUUCAAUGGUAUUACCAGAAGUGGAGGCAGCAUUAGCUGAGAUCCCUGGAGUCCGUAGCGUUGUCCUGUUUGGAGUAGAAACUCACGUCUGCAUCCAGCAAACAGCAUUGGAAUUAAUUGGCAGAGGUCUGGAAGUUCAUAUUGUAGCUGAUGCAACGUCAUCAAGAAGCAUGAUGGACAGAAUGUUUGCUCUUGAGCGUCUUGCUCGUACUGGAAUUAUUGUUACUACUAGCGAGGCUAUAUUGCUGCAGUUGGUAGCUGAUAAAGAGCAUCCAAAAUUCAAAGAAAUCCAGAAUCUCAUUAAAGCAAGUGCCCCUGAGUCAGGGCUCCUUUCCAAAGUUUAAAGAGGAUGUGGGGAAAGCAGGUGUCAUUGUCAUCUGUAGGAAGGAAGGAAAUCUUUAAUUGCACAUGUACACCUUCUUUCACUCGAAGUUUUGGUAGAAGUUUAAAAUUAAAAGUUGACCCACUCAUGCUUGCCUUAGCAAAAUUUUCUGGGUAUAUGUCUGGGUGCCAGUAUGUUCUGUUUAGUUACAGCUGUCGAGAGGCAUUGAAUACCAUAGCACCCUUUUGUUGUCAAAUUCCCUUUAUUUGUUUAAAAAACAAAAAUUGUCAGAGGUGCCUGCUAGUCUGUGCUGUACACUGAUUGUAAGAGCUCCAAAAAGUGCAUAUUUUACUGUGACA